UCCGGAAGUGACCAUUGAAGUGUAACGCUAGUUCAAACGUGUUUUUGUUGUUAGGGCAACUAACGGUCUUUAAUUUAUCACAAUCCAGUUAAAACAGGCUAGAGCAAAAACUCCCGUCCUCUUGCGAACCAUGACAAUUGAGAGGCUCCACAAAAAUUAAAAGAGCAACUGUUCAAGUAGAUAAGUGAGGUCUGUCUACUGGAGGACCCGGCGAUGUCUGACGAAGACCGCGCUCGAGAAGGGGUCGGAAGUGUGUCCAAGACUCGGGAUAACACUACAUACUUGGCCUCAGUUCGUGCAGGGGAGCAGUCUGGACAAUCACCACACCCGACGACAUUUAUAGACAAACUACCACUUUGGAUUCACAGUGAAGGAGAGGUCAGGUCACAGAUGGCCCCUUCAGGUUCCUCCGGUCCAGCAGCAGCAGGUUCCCAGGUCGGUGCAAUGAAGCGGCCUCUACCUGUUCACACUCGGGUCACCCAGCGGCUGGAUGUGCCACAGGCCGGUGAUGAUGGACAACCCCUGAAACCCCCUGUAAUCCAGCUCUCCGCAACCUCGCCCACACUUAGUGCACUUACCAGUUUUACCAUCCCGCCAACAGAGGAAGAUCUGAAGCAGAUGCAGUCUUUCCGAGACAAGAACGGACGUAUUAAACGGCCGAUGAAUGCCUUUUUCGUUUGGGCUUACAUCCACCGAAAUGCCUUGACCAAACCCUGCUGCUUUGCCAGCAAUGCAGGCACCAAUGUUCAGCUGGGCUUUGUGUGGUCCAGGCUGAGUGAGGAACAGAAGAGGCCCUACUAUGAAGUGGCUCAAAAACUGAAAGACAUGCAUCAGGAGCAGUUCCCAGAUUAUACGUUUAACCCUCUGAAGAAAAAAUGCAGAAAAUAUUUGUCCUCAGAACAGAGAGCAGGACUGGACAUGGGUGUUCCCUCUUUUGUCUCACAACCUCCAAAUCAGUCCAUGUUUGUGGGUCCUAUGUACCUGUGUCCCAUGAUGCCCUACACAGUGAGAUACGAUCCUUAUCCAUCUUUUUACCCGUAUUAUUCUGUGGGUCUCCACUCCAGCAUGCAGAGCCACUGUUCAAGAAUGGCGCAGCAGGCAGUGCGGUUCCGCAGCCCCGCCCCUGCUCCUGCCCCUGCACCUGCGCCUGCACAGACCCCAGUGUUACGAGGUCCACCCCCACUACUUAGGCCACCACCACCUCCUUUUGGGAUGAUGAGGGGACCCCCGCCACGACCACCAUUUGCACGUCCACCCUUUGAUCCCAACAUGCCACCCAUCCCGCCACCAGGAGGCAUGCCACCACCCAUUGGACCUCCUCACCUACAGAGGCCUCCGUUCCUCCCCCCUCCAAUUGGUAACCUGCCACCUCCUCCAGGGAUGCUGUUUCCUCCUGGGAUGCCUCCAGUUCCUACAUCUGGAACCCCUGCACUCAACCCUGCAGAAGAGAUAUGGGUAGAGAACAAGACACAAGAGGGAAAGGCGUAUUACUACAAUGCCAGGACUAGAGAGUCAUCAUGGAGUAAACCAGAUGGAGUGAAGAUCAUCCAGCAGUCUGAACUGAACCCUCUUCUUGUAGCCGGGGCUGGGGCUGCAGGGACGGGUACAAGUGUCGGGGUGACUGUAGCUGCCAGCUCAAACAGUGUCAAUACAACAGCCAGCACAGCAGUAGCAGCCUCCCCUACUCAGGCAACUUCCACAACCUCCUCCCGCACACUGACCUCCAGUCCAGACUCCGCCACCUCCCCUUCUCCUUCUGUGACCAUUGCAGCCACUGCUGUAGCAGACCUAUCCCCUGUUGUCACAGUGACCUCAACUAUUGCUGUGUCUCCAGUCACCGUGGUAACUGUUUCCACGGUACCGUCACCUGUUACAGCGGUGCAGACGGUGCCACUGCUGCCUGCAGCCCUGCCUCACAGCGUUGCCCAGCCCACCACAGCCAUACCUGCGUUCCCCCCUGUCAUGGUACCACCCUUCAGGGUGCCCUUGCCAGGCAUGCACAUUCCUCUACCGGGUGUAGCAAUGAUGCAGAUAGUAGGUGCACCCUGUGUAAAGGCAGGCCCCAGCGCCAACGGUAUGCUUCCUGGUAUGGGCCCGCCUUUAGUUUCCAUGAUGCAUCCCCAGCUGGCUCUCUCAGCAGCUCCUGCCUCCAUGGCUGGAUCACUGCAGCUCCCUGAGUGGACAGAGUAUAAAACAGCAGAUGGGAAAACGUACUACUACAACAACCGAACACUGGAGUCCACCUGGGAGAAACCACAGGCUCUGGUCGAGAAAGAAAAAGAGACGGAAAAGGCUAAGGAGCGUUUGGCCCAGGAGGAAGCUGAGGCAAUGGAGAUGGAGGAUGAGGAGAACAAAACAGAAAACAGUAAUAAUGAGAAGGAGGAGCCUAAAGAAGAAGAGAUGACAGAAGAGGAAAAGGCAGCUCAGAAAGCUAGACCUAUAGCCACUAACCCCAUCCCUGGCACGCCAUGGUGUGUGGUAUGGACGGGCGACGAUCGGGUGUUUUUCUACAACCCGACAACACGGCUGUCCAUGUGGGACCGACCGGAGGAGCUGGUUGGUCGAGCCGAUGUUGACAAGCACAUCCAGGAGCCACCGCACAAGAGAGGCCUGGAGGACAGCAAGAAGACAGGUAUUAAUAAAGAUGAGCCUGAAAUGGCCAUUGCGACUGAAGAAAAUCAGGAUGAGGAGCCAACCAAAGCCAAAAAGAGGAAGAAGGAGGAUGUGAAGGAGGCAGACACGGAGAAGGAAGCGGCAAUGGAGGCUGAGCUCAGAGCUGCCAGAGAACGAGCUAUAGUGCCACUGGAGGCCAGGAUGACCCAGUUCAGAGAAAUGCUGCUGGAGAGAGGGGUGUCUGCGUUCUCAACUUGGGACAAAGAGCUUCAUAAGAUUGUGUUUGACCCACGUUACCUUUUACUCAACCCAAAAGAAAGAAAACAGGUGUUUGAUCAGUAUGUGAAGACACGAGCUGAGGAGGAAAGGAAGGAGAAGAAGAACAAACUGAUGCAGGCCAAAGACGAGUUCAGGAGGAUGAUGGAGGAUGCGAAACUCACUCCCAGAACAACAUUUAGUGAAUUUGCAGUGAAGCAUGGCCGAGACCCACGGUUUAAGACUAUAGAGAAGAUGAAGGACAGGGAGGCUAUCUUCAUGGAAUUCAUGACUGCUAUGAGGAAGAGAGAGAAAGAGGACUCCAAAUCUAGAGGAGAGAAGGUGAAGCUAGACUUCUUUGAUCUCCUAAAUGAGCAGCACAUAGAGGGAGGCCAGCGGUGGAGCAAAGUGAAAGAGAGGCUGGAGACUGAUCCACGAUACAAGUCUGUGGAGAGCUCUGCACUCAGAGAAGAACUUUUCAAACAGUAUAUAGAAAAACAAGCUAAGAGUGUGGACAUCGAGAAGGAGAGAGAGUUGGAGCGACAGGCCCGUAUCGAGGCCAGUCUCAGAGAGAGGGAGCGGGAGGUGCAGAAGGCCCGAUCAGAACAGACCAAAGAGAUCGACCGGGAAAGGGAGCAGCACAAGAGGGAAGAGGCCAUUCAGCAUUUCAAAGCCCUCAUGUCUGAUAUGGUGCGUUCUUCAGAUGCAACGUGGUCAGAAACACGUCGUAACCUGCGGAAGGACCAUCGCUGGGAGUCGGCGUCACUGCUAGAGAGGGAGGAGAAGGAGAAGCUGUUUAAUGAACACGUAGAAGCACUAGCCAAGAAGAAGAAGGAACAUUUCAGGCAGCUGCUGGAUGAGACCAGCAUGAUCACUCUGACAACUACAUGGAAGGAAGUGAAGAAGGUCAUCAAGGAGGAUCCUCGCUGUAUUAAGUUCUCCUCCAGUGACCGGAAAAGACAACGCGAGUUUGAAGACUACAUUAAAGAUAAAUACAUCACAGCCAAAGCUGACUUCAGGACCCUGCUAAAGGAGACAAAGUUCAUCACAUACAGGUCAAGAAAGCUGAUCCAGGAGUCAGAGCAGCAUCUAAAGGAUGUGGAGAAGAUCCUUCAGAAUGACAAGCGGUACCUUGUUCUGGAGUGUGUCCCUGAGGAGCGCAGGAAGCUCAUCAUGUUUUACAUCGAAGAUCUUGACCGCCGUGGCCCACCACCUCCCCCAACUGCCUCUGAGCCCACCCGGCGUUCCACCAAGUGACCAAUUGUGCAUCACCUUCUUGGCCGGUGCCCUCCUCCUUGCCCUUCCUUUGGCCACAGCAUGACCUCCCCCAACACCCCCAAAACCCACCUUCCAGGCCCACGGCUAGCCUCGCAGUGUUAUUGCUGGAGGUUAUGUUGCUUAGAGAUGUACCACAGAGAUUAACGGUUAAAGUCUCUGUGUUAUGUUGCCUCCUAGCCCUGAAACAGCCCUGCAUUAAAGGAAACAGCAGGGAACAGAGGUUACCUGAUCUCAAGGUGACCCUUGACCCCUCACUUCUGACUGACCACAUUGGGAGAGAGGGAUAGUAACAAGGCUGCUCCCGGAGCAGCCAUAGAGGUGUAAGAUAGCUGAUGUAAAUGAAAGUUGCGCGCGUGUGUGUGUGAGUGAGUGAGUGAGUGUGAGUGCAUGUGUAUUUGUGUGUGGUAUGUGCACAGUUGUGUGUGUGUGCGUGCGUGUGCAUGUGUCAGGCGUCCUUAAGCCUUACUGCUCCACUGUGCCAGUCAUUCUUUCAGUGGCUCAGUGUGAAUGUUAGUUUCUGUUCAGUGGUUUUCUCCAAUGUCGCAGCAGUUUCUCUGUUGAAUAAAAUAAAGGCAAAUUCCACUGUUUUUCAA